AUGGCCGCAAGAGUGGCACCACCGGAACAGCAGCAUGAGCGAGGGGAAAUAAAUGAAGGUGAUUUGCCAGUAUCAAUGUCCCUGACACCUAUAGCAGUACCCAUGCGCUCCAGUAUAGUGUAUCCAGAUUUUGGGGUGAAUAACUUUCAGAUCAGGCCAGAUUGGAUUAACUCGAUGAAUAACACUCUGCAAUUCUACGAGGAUGCAACAUUGGAGAGGUUAGAUGCAGAGUCUCAUGCCAGCAUUACUACAUGGGAAGAACUAACCAGGAAGUUCUGUAAUAAAUUUUUCCCACAGACGAGAGUAGCUAAAAUCAGAUUGGAAAUUCAAACUUUUCAACAGAAAGAGGAAGAAAGCUAUAACGAGUCAUGGAAUAGAUUUAAUGAGCUGAUGAGAAAAUGUCCAAACCAUGAAAUCACUCAAGGAAACCAAGUGCAGUACUUCUACACCGGACUUACACCACUGUCAAAAUCUCAAGUUGAUGCCUCUGCUGGUGGAUCAAUCAUAGGGAAAUUAGUACAACCAACCAUGGACCUAUUUGAGUUAAUUGCCACCACACAUUCAAUGUUCUCAUCAGAAAGAGUGGUACCACCAAAGGCAACAGGAAUGUAUGAAUUAGAUAGCACAACAUCUACCAAUGCACAGAUAACAGCUUUAACAAAACAAGUAGAGUUACUUGUAAAAUUGCAAACACAUGAAGCAAAUGCAAUGAUGGCCAGUUCAACAUGUGAGAAUUGUGGGAAAAAUCAUGCUACAGAGAGCUACAUGAUGCUCACUUCUUCAGAGGAACAAGUAAACUUUAUUCAAAAUAGCUCCCGUAAUUUCAACUCAUAUGGUAACAAUUUCCAGCAAGAAAGAAGACCAAGUUUGGGAGAGAUGUUUCAACAAUAUGUACAGAAAACGGACAAGGUGUUCCAGCAAAUUGACACGAACUUUCAAAAUCAGCAGGAAUCCAUCAAGAAACUGGAGACACAAAUUGGUCAGAUAGCACAACAACUUGUAGAACGUCCAUAA